GAUAAAUGUCACAAUCAGAUUCAGACUCGGAUACUCCAGUAGACAUAAAUGAUCUCCGCCUUCCUACGAUUACUCAUAAAAGCGAAAGCAUAGAUGAGGAUUCUAAGAAGACAUGCCCUGAUGCUGCUAGCUCGAAUAAGAAUGAAGAUGGAAAACUAGAAGCCAACAAUCAUGAGGAAUCUAAGGAGCCUUCACCGGAAGAAAAUAAGUUCCAGAAAUUUAGAGCUGAAACGAAGGACCUCAUCUCCAAAACUGAGAAAAAGAAGCAGUUGUACAUGCAAAGCGCAUCAAUUGAUAAGGCUCUUGAAGGAUUUGAGACUACAGAGUCCUCUGCAACUCUACCUAAUGACUUAGAAAUUAAUGACCCAAGGUUCAAAUAUAACAUUAUUUUAUCAAAAGGAUAUAAGUUACUCAAGAAAAUGGGAAAUGGAGCCUAUGCCUCAACCCAACACAGAAAUGUAUAUUGAAGAUCUCUAUUGGAGAAGAAAGGAUUCCAGAUACCCAAAAUGAACUCUCACCGAAUUCCAAAAGUCUACGAGCUUAUUAUAGAUAAUGAUUAUUAUUACUCCAUCAUAUGUAUGGAAUAUUCUGAGAUAGACACAAAUGUUCUCCAAUUCGUGAACAAGUAUGGAUCUUUGGCUGAAAACCAAACUAAGCAAGCAAUGAAGGAAUUAUUUGAAGCCUUGAAGUACAUACAUAGCCUAGAUUACGCCCACAGAGAUGUUAAGCCUGAUAAUGUUCUUAUCAAAGCUCAUGAAGGAGAAAAUGAAGAGCAUAAUGUUUCUAUCGGAUUGGUGGACUAUAAUAUUGCAAAGAAAGCAAAGUCUUAUAGGAAUACUUCAUAUGAAGAGGGGAAGGAGGAAAUAAGUAAGUUCAGAUGCAAUUAUCUUACUCACAUUGCUUCUCAAAACUCUCAGGCACCCGAAUUGUUCAAGUCAGGGUAUUAUUCCGAAAGUGUUGAUAUUUGGGGAGCUGGAUUAGUAUUCUUCACUCUCAUGACCGGCACAAAAAUAAAAAGAGGGGAUCAAGAAAUGAUAAAAGAGCAAAUAAGUUCAUUGGAAAACAUAUCAGACAAUGGAAGAGACCUGUUACAUCAACUGUUUGAAUUUGAGGGAGAAAGUCGGCCAACAGCAGAGGAAGCCCUUGAACACGCUUGGUUUGUCGAAUAA